UGAGCAUGCUAAAGAAAAUCUUAAUUAACGCACGUGGGCUCUUUAGGUGGAAGAGUAGAUACACACGUGGUGUUUAGGUGGAUUUACGUAUUGUAUUAAGAGAAAGGAGCCUUUUGUUUUUGCUUCGGCGAAGAGAAGACAUGUCGGUUCAUCAUCGUCAGUGUACCGAGAACCCGCCCAAUCUGGAUCCAAAUAGUGGGUCGGGUCAUGUCGAGAAACUUGGCGGUCUCGACUCUAGACGCAAUUGUCUCUGGUUCCACUCAUUCAAGGCUCGCCGUUGUUCUCGUCUCUCAUGUUUUCGAUUCGUGUCACAUUUUGCUAGUAAUGAAACCCAGUAUUCUACAUUCGUUUGUUUCAAAUGGAAACUUGAUCUGCUUUGGAAGAGUCUUAUGGACAUUGCCGAUAAGGCUUUUGAGGACUCAAGGCCAGUAGUGGAAGCCUUGAAGAACAAAGGCAUAACUGCAAUUGGAGCAGUAGGGUUCUGUUGGGGUGCAAAAGUUGCAGUGGAACUUGCGAAACAAGAGCUUGUUGAAGCUGCUGUUCUGUUACAUCCUUCUCGUGUUACAGUGGAUGAUAUCAAGGGGGUCAAGGUUCCAAUUUCUGUAUUAGGAGCUGAACUCGAUCAAGUGUCCCCUCCAGAACUUGUGAAGCAAUUCGAAGACGUUUUAGAUACUAAACCAGAGGUGAAAAGUUUUGUGAAGAUAUUCCCACGAGUCAAACAUGGUUGGACUGUUAGGUACAACGUGAAUGAUCCAUUAGAAGUUGAAGCUGCAGAGGAAGCUCACAAAGACAUGCUCGCUUGGCUCAUUGACCAUGUCAAGUGAAGUGAGAACCUGGAUUCAGUCGGUUUGGUUUGCGAGACCAUGUCAAGCUGUAAAAACAUGUUGUGUCUAUUACUUUUAAAAAAAUAAAGUAGUGUAACUUGUAGAAUCUUCAAUCUCUCUCAGAUUGGUUUGGUAUGUUCUUGUGUUGUUAUUUUUUUGAAAAAUAUACCUUUUUAGUCAUUUGAGAUAUUUUGCAUUCAUAUUUGUUUAUAAAUACACAAACAAACAAUGUUACAUCCAAAUGCUAUAUCCAAAUGCAAAACCUAGUUUUAAAAA